AAAAGGAGCCGCAUAGACCCCUGUUUAUUGGUGAGACUGAGGUGGAGAGGGUGAAAACCUUCAAGUUCCUUGGCACACACAUCAGCGAGGACCUCACCUGGUCUCACAACACCCAACAAAUUCUGAAGAAGUCCCAAAGGAGACUGUACUUCCUGAGAAGACUGAGGAAAUUUGGCAUGUCCACCAAAAUCCUGAGUUGCUUCUACAGAUGCACUAUCGAAAGUGUCCUUACCGCCUCCAUCACUGUUUGGUACGGUAACUGUACAACACGUGAUAGGAAGGCACUCCAGCGGGUGAUCAAGACCUCACAGAACAUUGUUGGGGCAGCCCUCCCCUCACUGCAAGACAUUUAUACAUCUAGAGUCCUACGCAGAACACACAACCUCAUCAAGGACAGCACACAUCCACAACACUCAUUAUUCACACUCCUACCGUCAGGCAGACGCUACAGGAGUUUGAAGUCCAGGACCACAAGGCUGGCAAACAGCUUUUACCCACAGGCCAUCAGGCUUCUCAAUGAAGCACUCAGACACGCCACACGCAACACACACUCAUAGCACUUUAUUUAUUUAUUUAUUUAUUUGUAUUAUUUACUUGCAUUAAUGUCUCUUCUGUUGUUGUUGCUUAAUUUCUUGGUAUUUAUGUAUAUGUGUUUAUGUUUCUUAUGUUCUUAUUCUUUCUUGUGUUUUUCUUUCUUUUCCUUGGGAGAAUGAACAGAAUAAGAUUUUCAUUGCAUGGUAUAACUGCUGUUUUACCAUGCACAUGACAAUAAAACUCUCUUGAAUCUCUUGAAUCUCUUGAAUGUGCAUCGUCCAAUGGAUAGCAAGAAUCGUCCCAGACAUAUCCGGGUAAAGACGACGUUAUUUGAUUGGACUCCGAGAGUGAAAUUGUAAAGCUAGCAAAACUGCACCUGUAGUGUAUCAGUCUGUUAUUUCGGGUUUUUGUGAUAAAAAAUGGGUUUUAGUCGUGGAUAUACUUUAUACUAGUGUACUAAUAUGACUUAUUGCUGUAACUGAGAAGCACACUUAAUUGAACAGCAGUCAUUGAACUCAACAGCCUGCUGGUUCAUGGAGAUGGAUGAGUGGUCGCUGAGUUGAUGGAGGGAUGUAUAAGUGAUCUGACAGAGGACAUCUCAGAGGAGCUGAAGGUGUGCAUGAUUCUGCUGCUGGAUUUCCUACAUCCCAAAGGAGAAGAAGAAGAUGCAGCUGCAGGGAACUGACGUUAACUUCUCGAUGGCGCCUCCACCUCCAAAGCUUUGUGCACAUUUGAGGAACAAUGCGCGUCAUCAACACUGCUCGACGUGUGCGUGCCUGAUUUCGGAGUGGGCGGAGCAAAACCUGCAGACUUUUGGACGCUUGGCCGGAAGACGUGCAGCUGUGGCAGAUUGGCUCCCUCCUGUGCAGACAUAGUCAUCAAUCUCUGCAUCAUCAUGGGGAAUACCAACGGCCACUCCUCAGGAGGAUCUCCUUUAGAUUUAUUCCAAACUGCUCCUACGACACCAUCAGAGGCAGAUCUGUCCGCCUUGGCUUUAUCCGUCUGCUCCUCCUCCAGCAAGACGCAGACACCCUCAAUAGACAUGGCGGCGCACGCUUCUCUCGCCACCACCUUUGCAGUUACAGACUGGGCACAGAAGCUGUCUCCUCCUUCCGAGUGGGCAGUCAUAAGCGUAGACAGCGUCGUGUCUCCAGAGACAAACAUAAGUGAUGAAGUAGCGGGACACGAAGAGGCGAGGGCGGUGAGUCUGCCCAGCCUGUCAUCAGUACCUGCGUCCAGGGCGUGGCCUUCGGAGCAGAGUUGGCAGGAGAGGGACAGCGGGUUGGAGCCUCAGGCUGCAGCGGAGACGUCUGCAGAGGAUCUGUCCCUGAGCUUCCAUGGCCUGGUGGAGCGGUACAAGACCUCACUGGGCAUCAGCCCCAGCACUUCUAUGGGAGCUGAAGAACUGCUCAGACAUUUCAUAGCCGAGAGAGACAGACUCACCGACGAGGUAAACAGCCUGCGAGAGAUGCUGAAGGCUGAGAGGUUAGAAUGGCAUCGGUUCCAGUGUGACAUGCAGAUCGCCGUGUCGGUGGCCGAUCGUCUGCGAGCGGAAUCGGAGCAGGCCCUAGCUGUGCUCCAGGGCAAACACAGGAGCGUGCAGAACCAGCUGGCUCAGGCCCACAGCAGACGGCAAGAGACCGAGCGAGAGCUUGAACGUGUACGGUCCGAACAAAGAGACGUGUGCACGAGACUGUCUGCACUUGAAGUGCAGCAGCAGCGUGAACAAGAAAUGGAAGACACAACAGCAGCCUGCGGAGAAACGCCAGAGACACAAGACUCUGAGAAGGUUCGAGGGAUGGAGAUAGAAAAUGCUACGCAGGAAGAUGAAGUGACAGUGGUUAAAGGACAAAAAGAGGAGCCUGAAACUAAUGAUGAGACUUCUGGAAAAAGCUUCCAGCUGACAGGAAAGGGUAUAGCAGAAGGAUACCUUCGAAGUUUGGCUGCACGGGAGAAGAAAAAAGAAGGACGGAGUCAAAGUGAGCCAAGGAAGAUCGUCAUGUUGUCUGAAAGAUCUUGGAGUAUGUCACGCCUUCCACUGCCAGCUGACGCCGUUAAUAAUAACAACACGAGCUCAACGUUGCCAUCAUGCAAGAAAGAGGAGCCAACACGAGCGAGAAAUACGACUCACGGUUUGAAACGUGUGGACAGCUGCUCUAGCUUUCAUGCAGGGAAACGGGAUGAAAACCCAAAUUCAGAUACUAUUAAACCUCAGGACAGAGUCCGCUCCGUGCCUCGGCGUCACGGUGGCUCCAGAAGAAACUCCCUGCUCUUCUGGUGUCAAAGUCGUACUCAAGGGUAUCAGAAUAUUGAUAUCACAAACUUCAGCACCUGUUGGGAGGAUGGUUUGGCCUUCUGUGCGGUCUAUCACACUUACCUGCCCACUCACAUCCCGUACAACAGCCUCAACCCAGCAGACAAGAAAGGAAAUUUGGAGCUUGCUUUUAAGACGGGAGAGUCUGUUGGAAUCACAGCCACUCUGUCUACGGAGGAGAUGCUGAAGUCAGAUGGUCCAGACUGGCAGAAGGUUCUGGGCUACGUGGAAAGCAUAUUUCAUCAUUUUGAGAAGUGAGGUACCAUCUCCGCUGCCUGCGUCGAAACCCUGUGUUUGCAAUAAGACUGUAAAACUA